AAUCGCCGCCCGCUCCCACCCCACACACAGUGGUUUGCUUUGCCCGCCAGCCUGCGGCAGCACACACCGCGUGGUGCCCGCGUGCUCUUACAGCCAACUAAACUCGGAGCGUUCCAGAGCGUAGCCCACCCAGCGGCACAGUGCUACUCCAACUCAAGCUUGUAUCCGGUACAGAACAGGCUUACUGUAAAUCCCUCGGGCCGACUAAGUGUUUACCGGUGACGCAUUUACGAAAUCACUGCACAUGCGAAAACAAAAUAUACUUUCACUUGUUUAUCGGUUAGGCAAGGAGAUUCGCCUGUCGAAAAUGUCAUUGUCUCAUAUUUCAGUUUCUUUAUCGAGGUCCUUAAGUUAGACGUCGUCAGUUUAAUCAUUGAGUGCUACUGUAUCAGUGAUCUCUUCCGCGUGAAUUAUGCCGAGGGAGUAGGAUGGCUUUAUCGGCGGCAACGUGGAGUGCAAUGCGAAGCAGCAAAAUCAUGAUUGGAGCGAGUGUUCUGUUGGCAGCACUGGCGCUGAACCAGGCGUCUGUUAUAGCCCAAGGUCCUGUAGUUCCUCUAACGGCCGUCGAGGGUCGCGAAGCGCUGCUGCCUUGCAACGUGACGCCAUCCAUCGCCGGCGACGACGUAUUCCUCGUCCUCUGGUCUAAAGACGCCGACCACAUCUACAGCUACGACGCCCGCGACCGGCCCAUGCAGGCGGGCGCCCACUGGCGGGACAUGGCUCUGGUGGGGGACCGCGUCUUCUUCCGCACGGCGACGUCGCCACCCGAGUUGGCCAUCGGCGAAGUGCGUGAGAGCGACAAGGGGCUCUACCGCUGCAGGGUCGACUUUCGGGAGUCGCCCUCCAGGACCACCCGCAUCAGGCUCGAGGUCGUUGUUCCCCCGCAGGCGAUGAGGAUUAUCGACACACACGGCAACGAGCUGCAGCGCCUGACGAUGCCGUACGUGGAAGGCGACACCAUGAGGCUGACGUGUAUGGUGUCCGGAGGGAGGCCGCCGCCCACGCUGCGCUGGUGGCGAGAGGACAGCGUGCUGGAGUCCAGGGCGCUGGAGACGGCGUUCCCCACCGUGCGCGAGCAGAUGCUCAUCCUGCCGCGGCUGUCGCGCGCAGACCUGCAUGCCUCCUUCACGUGCCAAGCCGUCAACAGCGACCUCAUCCCGCCCAUGACGGCCACGGUGCUUCUCGAGAUGAACCUGCGGGUGACCAACGUCCGACUUGAGCCACCAGAGGAGCCGCUGUCGGCCGGUCGCGUGCACAGCAUAGAGUGCCGAGCCGAGGGGUCCCGGCCGUCUGCUCUCAUCACCUGGUGGCUGGGGGAUCGACCCUUGCCCGACACUCUCUCCUUCCAGCAGGUGUCACUGGAUGGCAGCGAGACUACAUCGACGCUGACGUGGACGCCGUCGCAGGCGGAUCACGACCAGCUGCUGCGCUGUCUGGCGUCGAAUCCGCGCCUCAACGUGCCAGCCAUGGAGGAUACCCUGGUGCUGAACGUGCACUACGCUCCAUUGGCGCGAGUUCACGUGGAUUCAGAGGUGGUGCACGAGGGAGCAGAUAUUCUGCUGCACUGCGAAGUCACAGCCAACCCAGCGGCGUACAAGAUCACUUGGAGGAAAGACGACCUGGAGCUGGAAGACAGCGAGGACGUGACUGUGAUGGGGGAAGCCCUGGCGCUGCGCUCGGUGACGAGGGCGGCGGCCGGCGGCUACUCGUGCGUCGCCUCCAACGUCGAGGGCGACGGCCAGAGUCUGGAGGUCGACCUGCGAGUCAUGUUCGCCCCAGUGUGCCGGCCCGGCCAGCGCAGCCUGUACGCCGUGGCGCGCCACGAGGAGGCGCGCGUGCUGUGCGAAGUGGACGCCUUCCCACCACCGGCGCAGGACGGCUUCCGCUGGGCGUUCAACGGCAGCGCCGAGACCGUCGACGUCCCGGCCACCAGGUUCACCUCCUCGGGCCGCUCCUCGCAGCUCACCUACGCCCCCGUCACAGAAACUGACUACGGCUCCGCUUUCUGCUGGGCCACCAACGCCGCCGGCCGCCAGAAGCAGCCCUGCGUCUUCCACAUCGUCCCAGCAGGCGCCCCUGACCCACCGGCCAACUGCUCGGUGCUGAACCAGACGUCACACUCGGUGGACGUGCGCUGCACAGAGGGCUUCGACGGCGGCCGGCCGCAGGUGUUCCUGCUGGAGGCUGCCGAGGCGGCGUCGCGGCUGCCGCUGCUCAACGUGACGUCACGCGCGCCCGCCUUCCACGUGGGCGGCCUGCAGCCCGGCGUGCAGCUGGUGCUGCGGGUGUCCGCGUCCAGCGCCAAGGGCCGCAGCCGAGCAGUCUCCCUGCGCGCCGCUACGCUGGACGGGCCCGAGAGGAUAGCCGGUGAGCUGCGCCAGUUGGAGCUGUGGCAGUUGGUGACCGUGCUGGCGGGGGCAGUGGCGCUCCUGGUGGGCACGGCCGCAACCAUCGUGGUGCGCCGGCACCGCAGGCACCAGCAGAGCCAGCGCCGAGACAGCGCCAGCCACAAGCAGGGGUCCGUCUUUGUGCGCGACCCCGAGGACCCCGACGUGGUUCCCCAGAGGACGCCGGCCACUUCCAAGGGCUCACCCACCGUGCCCACCUGGUCGGACAGCCAGUCAAGUCAGGAAGACGGCCUGAGCGAGCACGAGGCGGAGGGCGCGCUGUGCUGCGACAAGCUCAUGCAGACCAUCGACGAGUGCGCGCUGCCCGAGCCGCGCUUCCCGCCGCACAGAUGGGUGCCGCGGGAGACGGUGACGUACGCGCAGCUGCAGCUGACGCCGACGCCGACUGUGCGCAGGCUGCACACCAUUCCGGAAGUGGUGCAGUACGCGCACAUACAGAGACGCAGCGGCGCGGAGCCGGCCGCCGCCGCAGUCGCCAGUGCUGCCAACACCGCAGAGUGCGCGGUGUGAUGGCGCCGGCAGCCACAGCCGGCGGCUGCGUGCGCAGUGGGCAGCUGCACUGCGACACCGACAAGUGCCGCGUUCUCCACCUCAGCCUGUCGUUUGUUGUAACAUUUGUAAUACUGCUUGUCAUUGGACAAAUUUCGCAGUUCACUGACGACAUUUUAAUACACAACCCACGCGAAUGGAGUUUGCCAUAAAUUACUACCCUGUAAGCAGACAAGUUAAUUUCGAAAUGCAUCGUAACACAUCUAUUAGUCAAUUCAUGCACCCAGGGCCUGACAAUCUCGUAAGUAUAAGUACACUCUGCCAAGCCAGACUAAAAACUUUUUUUUUUUUAAAUUGGUUCGAAAGUAUCUGUGGCCUUACUAACAGUGUUCUAUCAAAGAGCCAUCGUGUCGAUGAAAUGUGAAAAUUGAACGUGGUGUUUCUCGGUGAAAUCAAGUUUCAACGCGAUUUCAAUUAGCAUCUUCGGGCGAACUGUGUUUUACAGUUUCUGGACGCAAAUUCGCAUACAAAAUGCCUAUUGAUGUGACUACGAAGUAACUGUAUAUUUAUUCUAUUUCAGAAAAAUACAUAAUAUUAACGCCAAAGUAAAGGUUUCUAAUUGUGGGUCUUCCACACUUAUUUUCGAAUGCAUAUUUCCAUAAUCUCUACUGUAUAUGUCCUUCAUGUGAAAUACUACUGCAGUGUUUUAUGGUUAUAUUUUAAAAAUGUUGUUUUAUGUAGCAAGUGUUGUACUGACGUUGUAUCAUGUGGUGAAUGAAGUGAAACUGUUCUUUUUCACGCGAUUUGUGUGUUUUCUAUCGCUGUUUUUUGUAAUAUACGCUUAAUGUGUAUGUGAUCGCCUUGUUAUGUGUGUGUAACAUAUUGUUUUAUACUGAUCCUUUAACGUAAUUCAACGACAACGGAAAAGCUGUAAGUACUUUCUCAUUAAGGAACUUUAAAUUAUAGUGAAAAAGUAUUAUUUAUUCCUUACAGAUAUAAAAAAAGUUCAGGCAAAAAAGGAUUCCAUACUUUUACUGGAAUGUGAAACUAGAUGACAGUUCUCUAAAAUC